CCACCAUGUUUGCGUUAUGCAGUAAAAAGAGUAGGGCUUCUCCGCUGGAAAGAUAAGAAAGCGACCACCAGGCCCUAAUUUGGGCUGGGCCUCUUUCCCUGGCCUUGGCGCUCACGGCGAAGCCGCCCUAAAGUGUGCCUCUUUAGGGGCGGGUUGUGUUAUUGAAGUUUCCCUGCAAAUCUCUCCUUGUUUCCUCCUCUCCUUUGCAUUUUCUCUUGGUUUUAAUCUCUGCCACUUUGUAAUUUCAGUUACCCAUCUACCGCUUGCGUCGCCCGACUUUGAGUUGUUUUCCAGUUAGUGCUUUGCAUUCUUGAAAAAUGCCUGUACAAGUGACAACUAGUAAUUUUUGGUUGUGCUGGGUCUCAUACCACUAAGGUUCCUAGUGACGGCUUUUGGGAGAAAAAAAAAAAAAGCCGAAUUUCUGUAAGAAGAGUGGAGGGCAGUCCUAGUACCGAGAUCAGCGCAAGUUAAAGAACAAACGAAAGAACGAGAUCAGUGAAAGUUAACUUGCAAACGAGGAACGUAUAUCAAAUGCGGGGGAGAGACGGAAAUGAGUCAAUAAGAAGGAAAGCAGUCUACCAACAGUUUUGAGAGUUUGCAGAAACAGCUUACAAAGAAAAUGAAGCUCCCUAUUUUCAUAGCAGAUGCAUUCGCAACAAAAGCAUUUUGUGGGAAUCCGGCUGCUGUUUGCCUCCUAGAAAAUAAACUGGAUGAAGACUUGCAUCAAAAAAUUGCAAAGGAGAUGAACCUCUCUGAAACGGCUUUUAUCCGAAAGCUACACCCAAAUGACAACUUUACACAGAGUUCCUGCUUUGGAUUAAGGUGGUUUACACCACAGAAUGAGGUUCCUCUCUGUGGCCAUGCUACCCUGGCUUCUGCAGCUGUGCUGUUUCACAAAAUAAAAAAUGUGAAUAGCACUCUAACCUUUGUCACUAUGAGUGGGGAACUGAAGGCCAGAAAAGAAGAGGAUGGUAUUGUCCUGGACCUGCCUCUUUAUCCAGCCCAUCCCCAGAAAUUGCAUGAAGUGAAGGACUUGAUAAAGACUGCCAUAGGUGACACGCUGGUUCAGGAUGUUCGCUAUUCCCCAGAUACCAAAAAGCUCCUGGUCCGGCUCAGUGAUACUUACAACAGGUCAUUUCUGGAGAGCCUGACAGUGAACACAGAGAAUUUGCUGCAAGUGGAAACCACAGGGAAGGUGAAAGGACUCAUUCUCACCCUCAAGGGAGAGCCUGGUGGGCAGACUCAAGCGUUUGACUUUUACUCCAGAUAUUUUGCUCCAUGGUACGGUGUGGCUGAAGACCCCGUAACAGCCUUUCAGUGUUCCAGCCGGGGAGGAGAACUGAUAAUUUCCCUGCGUUCUGAUGGACGAGUUGACAUCAAGGGAGGCGCGGCUCUUGUUUUAGAGGGCACUCUGAUGGCCUAGACUGCUUGCACUGCGGUGACACAAUCUUGAAUUACUGAGUAUUUUCUGCAUAAAAAGAAAUGUAAGAGACUGCUUUGAAUAAGAUUGCAUUGUAGUCCACUUAAUCCUCACCUGAGAAAUAGAACAAUGAAGACAUAUUAACGGGGAUUUAAUAAUGCUUCCUGAUGAAUUAACUAAAGGAGUUUUGGUUCUACCUGUGAACAUAUUCGAAGUAACCCAUAUCAAAGAAUAAUGUUGUCACCUUUAAUUGUGACCACCAAUCACAGAAUGAGGAACACAUUUAUGAAGAGUAAGAUUAAAUCAUUUAAACUCAGAUGUGAGUACCUGAUAGACUGUUUUGCAGCCAUCAAAAAGACCCAAUAGCUAUGUGGAAAUAUAGAAAAAUAGUUCAUAGUAUAAUACUAAGAAAGAAAAUUAUAGUAGACUAUUAAAUGUUAGCAAUGUUAUGCUAUGUCUGUGGAGAAUAGGAAUUUAUAUGGACAAGAAUGGAUCAUGAAGAUAGAAAAGUAAGAGUUUAUGUGUGAAUGGUAAGGUUGGAGUAAUUUUAAUGUACCUAAAAAAUUAUUUCCUUUAUUGGAACGUGCUUACAUUUAAUACCUAAAAAUCAGGACGUGUGGCUAAAUAACUAAAACGCCCAGAAAUUUUUUAAAUGAGUGAUAAUGAGUGAUAGAGUGAUAAUAAAAUUAAACAUGGAAAGUAAUGUGAUAUCCUGCCUCUUUCCAAGUUCUUUUCAGGGUGGAAAUCUCCCUUACUGUCACGCCUAUGUAUUCUGCAAGUUAGGUGCCCAGCUGGUAUCUGAAUUCUCACCCUGUGGGUCAGACCUGCUGCUUAGCAAUCUGAUGUGGUUGGUAAAAAGCAAUUUGCUGUCUCCUGUGCGUAAGACACUGGACUAGAAACUGGCAGGGUAGAGAGCUGGGGGGCAGGAUGCAAAGGAGAUUAGAGGGGGAGCUUGUAGAACUCUCAAGGGACUCUAACUGGGGAGACCAGGCUCAUCCUUUCAUGAAAAGAUAAUGAGCACUUGUACUGGUCUGUGAUUAGGGUCUGCCAUAUGCAGACCCUGACUGCUAUGGCGUAGUCAGGGGAGUGUUAAAAAACAGGGUUUUGAAAGAUGGGUAUGAGCAAAGCUUCAGAGAUGAAUGAAUGUACAUAGCCUCUACGUUUUGUCUAGAGUUUCUACAUCUUGAAAGUAGUUACAUUCUAUAGGAGCGGAGAUAUAAAGGAAAGUAGUUAUUAAACUAACAAUCCAGUUGAAGAGAUAAGACACAAGGACAGAGAAACACAUGGACAGAUAAAUAAUAUUGAAAACUAUUCUUUUUCUUUUUUUAAAACUAAUCUUAAUUUUUUUUUUCUAUAGAAAAGACGGGAAUCACAGCAAUUGUGAGUCAUCCCCAGUGUAUGAGAAAGGGAGAACUAUGGUUAUUCAGGUGUGGUUUCCUGGACAAAGAGCAUGUGCACUACUUGGGAGCUUGUUAGAAAAGCAAAUUCUCAGGCCCUAUCCCAGACCCACUGAAUCAGACGCUCUGGAGAUGGAGACCAAAAUCUAGUUUUUAACAAGCCCUCCAGGCAAUCCGGGUGUACAUUUACGUUUGAGAACCUCUAGUAUUCAUGGUAAUGAAUGAUAGAGUGGUAAUAAAAGUAAACACAGAAAGUAAGGUUAAUAUCCUGCCUCUUUCCAAGUUCUUUUUGGGGUGGGAAUUCCCUCUGCUGUUGCUCCCAUGUAUUCUGCAAUAUCCUAGUAUUCAGCCACUGUCUUCUUCUCUCUCAAGUGACAAUUGCUUAUGUAGCUCAAUAACUUUUAUCCUCUACUGGUUUGUUUUUUUUUGUUUGGCUGUACCAAGUGGCUUACUGGGAUCUUAGCUCCCCAACCAGGGAUUUAACCCAUGCCUUUGGAAGUGAAAAGUGCAGAAACCUAACCACUGGGCUGCCAGAAAAGUGAAGCCAAAAUGUGCAUUAUCUCAGAAUCUCCCUGACCACACCAAUAUACUUGCUGCUUCAUGUAGUUUUGGAGAAGCUGUUUUUUGUUUUUGUUUUUUGUUUUUUUUUCCCUCAUAGCUUCCAGUUCUGUUCAGCUAGAAAAAUUAGCUGUGCUCAGGUGGGAGCUGUUCAGUAAUGUGUUGGUAAUAUAGAGAUUAGUUAAUCAGCCAUGAUUUAUUAAUGAUGAAUUAAUUAUACCUGAUUAUGCAGUUCUGCUAGCUAAAUGGAGCUUUAAAGGAGUUAUUUUAUUAAUCAUCAUGGUGCUAAUUGCAGGCACUUACAGAAGUAUCACUAAUUAAACAUGCAACCAUGUGCAGAACAAGUUGAGCUGCUGAGACCUGCAAUAAUAAGAAACCCUGACUUUUAGGGGAGCCAAAAGAAAUUUUAUUUUAUGCAGUAUUAGGGAGUUGGCUUGGCAAUGUUAAUCAUUCACUGCAAAUUAAUAGUGUAAUUUUUCUUAGCAGGAAUUGAUCCUUAUAUCAAAAAAUAUAUAGCGCUCUGCAUGCAUGUGUGCUAAG